UCCAAGGAAAAAAAGAGAAAACACAGAGAGAAGCUUCUGAAACGAUGCCGUACUAUACCAGAGAUGAGAACGACGUCGACGAUUUCGACGAGUUUGAUCCAACGCCGUACAGUGGCGGUUACGACAUCACGGUGAUUUACGGCCGUCCGAUCCCACCUUCUGAUGAGACUUGUUACCCUCUCUCGUCUGGUGUCGAUGACGAUUUCGAAUACGAGAGACCUGAAUUCACUCAGAUCCAUGAGCCUUCUGCUUACGGAGACGAAGCUCUCAAUACAGAGUACAGUAGCUAUUCUCGACCCAAGCCACGACCCGCAUUUCGACCCGAUUCAGGUGGUGGCGGUCAUGUUCAAGGUGAGAGGCCGAAUCCUGGUUAUGGAUCUGGAUCUGGUUAUGGUGGUCAGACGGAGAGUGAGUAUGGUAGGAGGCCUGAAUCUGGAUAUGGUGGUGAAACUGAGACGGAGUAUGGUCGGAGACCUGAGCAGAGUUAUGGAUCUGGUUAUGGUGGUAGGACGGAGACUGAAUCGGAGUAUGGAUCUGGUGGUGGAAGAACUGAGGUUGAGUAUGGUAGGAGACCUGAAUCGGGGCUUGGAUCUGGAUAUGGUGGCAGAUCGGAGUCUGAGUAUGAGCGUAAGCCUAGCUAUGGUAGGUCUGAGGAGCAAGAGGAAGGUUACAAAAAGCCUAGCUAUGGAAGGUCCGAGGAACAAGAGGAAGGUUACAGGAAACCUAGCUAUGGAAGGUCCGAGGAACAAGAGGAAGGAAGUUACAGGAAGCCUAGCUAUGGAAGAUCUGAGGAACAGGUUGAAAGUUACAUAAAGCCUAGUUAUGGAAGAUCUGAGGAUCAAGAGGAAGGUUACAGGAAGCCUAGCUAUGGAAGAUCUGAGGAUCAAGAGGAAGGGAGUUACAGGAAGCCUAGCUAUGGAAGAUCUGAGGAUCAGGAGGAAGGGAGUUACAGGAAACCAAGUUAUGGAGGGUCUGAGGAACAGGUGGAGAGUUACAUUAAGCCUAGCUAUGGAAGAUCAGAGGAUCAGGAGGAAGGGAGUUACAGGAAGCCUAGCUAUGGAAGGUCUGAGGAACAAGAAGAGGGGAGUUACAGGAAGCCUAGCUAUGGUCGUCGCAAUGAUGAUGAUGAUGAUAAUGAACAGCGCAGGAACCGUUCUGGUUCUGGUGAUGAUGAGGAAGGGAGCUAUGGUCGCAAGAAAUAUGGUGGCAAUGACUCUGAUGAUGAUGAGGAGAAGAAGCAGCACCGUCACAAGCAUCACCACCAGAGACGUCGUGAUGAAGACGAUGACUAAAAACCUCUAUCUGCUAGAGAGUGUAAUGAGAAAGUGUGUUUGCUUAGCUUCAAAUAUCUACUAAAUAAAGAGCUAAGUCACAUAUCUUUCCUACAUAAUUUCUCCCGACGUUGGUGUUAUGUUUGUUUGAAUCUCUAUACUAUUACUACAGAGUCUUUGAGUUUUGUACUGGUUCAGAAUAAAACCUUGAAGUGCUAUUGUGUCACCAUGUAACCGUUUGCUUCUCUGUUUCUUUUUCUAUCUAUUUGUUUGUUGUUAUGAUUUACAAUUUCGAGUAAUAUCAUAAUGUUUCUUGCAUGAA